UUAUUCAACAGGCACUGAGGAUACUUACAUCAACAGUUUCAGCGCGUUUUAUUCCUUAUCUAGGCUUUAAAGUGUGUAGUGUUUGUGGGACUGCUCAGUGGAAGGGACGCGCGUCUUUUUUUAAGAGAUGGUGUUGCGUUGAAUUUGCGCGGUAUGGUGCGUAUACGCACAUUUUCUCACACAAUUCUACUUGUGCCCCACAGCAAAUUAGACCUAACUCAUUAAGACGGGCGAGCUUUCUUAGACUGGGGGAUAAGGAGGAGAAGAGGAUGGCUGCUCCACAUAACGGAUCCAACAUAACGGCGAACUACACCAACCCGUUUGUGCAGCCGCCGUGGCGCGUGGCUCUCUGGUCCGUAGCCUACAGCGCGGUGCUGGCUGUGGCUGUGUUUGGAAACCUCAUCGUAAUAUGGAUCAUCCUCGCGCACAAGCGCAUGAGAACUGUGACGAAUUACUUUCUCCUAAACUUGGCGUUUUCAGACGCGUCCAUGGCCGCAUUCAACACUUUGAUAAACUUUGUUUACGCCACACACGGGGAGUGGUACUUCGGAGAGGCGUACUGCAAAUUCCACAACUUCUUCCCGGUGACAUCUGUGUUCGCGAGCAUCUACUCCAUGACUGCGAUAGCUGUGGACAGGUACAUGGCCAUCAUCCAUCCUCUGAAGCCUCGUCUGUCAGCAAAGGCUACCACAGGAGUCAUUGUGUGUAUCUGGAGUUUGGCCGUCGUUCUGGCCUUCCCUCUCUGCUACUUCUCCACCACUCGAACUCUGCCCCACAGGACCAUCUGCUACGUGGCCUGGCCCCGCUUGGCGGAUGACUCCUUCAUGUAUCAUAUCAUAGUGACGAUUCUGAUCUACCUGCUUCCCCUAGUGGUGAUGGGCAUCACAUACACCAUUGUUGGGGUGACCCUGUGGGGUGGGGAAAUCCCAGGAGACUCAUCUGAUAACUAUCACGGACAGCUCAGGGCUAAACGGAAGGUGGUGAAGAUGAUGAUCAUUGUGGUGGUGACAUUUGCCCUCUGCUGGCUGCCUUAUCACGUCUACUUCAUCGUGACGGGUCUCAACAAGAGUCUGAGCAGGUGGAAGUACAUCCAGCAGGUUUACCUGUCAGUGAUGUGGCUGGCCAUGAGCUCCACCAUGUACAACCCCAUCAUCUACUGCUGCCUCAACAGCAGGUUUCGUGCCGGCUUCAAGCGAGCAUUUCGUUGGUGCCCAUUCAUCAAGGUGUCCAGCUACGAUGAGCUGGAACUACGGUCCACACGGAUGCACCCGACACGCCAGAGCAGCAUGUAUACACUGUCACGUAUGGAUACCACCGUGGUAGUGGUCUACGAUCCUGCAGAGGGCGACAGCAGCGCUGGUGGGGGCCCUGGAAGGAACCCGUCCAGGAAGAGAAGCUACAUUACGUCUCGCAGCGCAGAGAUCACCGGGUGCAACGGUGGCCUUGCAAAAACACAAAACGGAGAAGCUCGAAGCUGUCAAUCGGAAGAGUUCUCCUGAAGGACGGUCCUCGUGAUUUUCACCCAAGCAUGAAGGAAAUGUGUUAACAUGCAUAAUCCUCUGUACAUACAAACAGUGCAUGUCAUGUGUGCUUAAUUUAGACUUAGUGCUAUCACAUACAGGUGUACGUGCAGAGAGUGACCAAAAAGAAGCCGUCAUGAAUAAAUAAUCAAAGAGGAUUAGCGACAGAGGCCCCUAAGACUGAGAAUGAAUGUUACAGCUGUUUUCAUUCAAAAGUCACAGAGCUAAGUUUUUUUGUAAUAUCAUGUAGACAAUGAAAUCGAAUCUAUUUUAAUGAUUAGUGAUUUUCACUACUAUUAUACAUUUGAUAUUGGUGAGGCCAAGAUUUAAUAUCCUACUCUAGUAUAUUUGAUGAUUUCUGUUGAGUGAUGCCUGAGUGGAUUCAAAUGUUUGCCGAGGAGUGUUAACAUGCAGAUCAGAAGGGCUGGCACUGUCAGGAGAAUUGUUGUUUGCAAAUUCUCAAUAGAUUUAAUACUCCUCCAGGGCUCCUCCAUCCAGCAACUCUUGUGUUUGUUUUGAUCCUUAAAAAAAAUUAUAAUCAACAGAGGAGGAAGGACAGUAUGUUGUGGUUGUAAACUAAAGCUGGGGAGUUGUAUUUGGUAAACAGAGCUCUGAUUUAGAUGGUUGCUUUGGGAAAGAUUUACACGGUAGCUGUUAUGUGACUUACACAAAUAAAAAUUAUUCAUCACAUCAGUGUAAGAGCUAAAAUGUAGUCAGAGAUUAAAAUGCUCAAAUGUUCUUAUGCAUAUUUUAAAAUAGGCCAACAAUAGUUGACAUGUUUACAUGCACAGUUAAGAUAAGAUACAGCUGUAGCCUGGUUAAGCUUAGGCCAUUUACUUGGAAUACUCUCUUUGCCCCCAGGGCUGUCCCCAGCCAAAGUGAGGCCUUAACCAGACUCUGGUAUGAGGGCCCCCUACAUUGCAUGACCCCCACCCCUGUACAGACCAGUAUACUCACUCAACAUUACAACAAUAAUAAAUAUAAAGUCUUUGCAAUUUGUAAUUUUGCCCCAAGACGGUGAGAUAAAAAAAGCAGUUCUGAGUUAUAAUUGAGUCAUUAAUGAGAAUAACAUACCCAAUACUACCACAGACCUGUGUCUUUCAGCUAAAAUGAAGCUCAGCGUGAGUUCAUGCAGAACAUGGUAGUCAUACAUCCAGCCGUGAUCAGCUGAUCCUUAUUAUCACCUGAAUAUGACGUACUUCUGACUAAUCCCUACUUGCAUUAAUGCUGAUGCACCACACUGCCCCUGGCAAAGCUUAACCACCUCCACCCCAGCAUCCUCCUCUAUAGCAUAAAGCUUGUUGCACCCUCAUAUUCAGAUGUAUACUAGUAUGGAUUAGUAUCUUUUGACCUAAUUUUAUUGUAUUCAGUAUGCAUUGUCAUAAAUCUGUCCAUAUGGAGGUUUCUAGGUAUGAGCUCUGAGGAAAUUCAAAGCAUGCAGCUUGACUAACCCAGGGAGCAUCUUUUGAGCCAAGCCUUCUCCAUCAACUGUUUAUCCAUUUUGCAAUAAAAUGGUUAAAUAUGUGAUGAGAACUAUUAAAAGUCACAAAAAUGAUUGUUGCUUUUAAUGCUCAUAUUCCUUGUUGCAAUAAUUAGAUUAUAUUCUUUAUUUUCAUCUGUUUCUUUUAUUUAAAUAUUCAUCACUGUAGGUUCAUUAGUUGCAUUAUAACAUUAUUUAUUUGCUAUCUGUUUUAUUGAGGUCUUUCCUAAAAAUACAACUAACCUAAAUGAACCAAUCUUGCCCCCUCAGUGCCCCCCCCAUACACACCCCUGCAGCAGUUCACAACAGUUCAUCUAUUUUGCUUCUUUCUCUCACUGUGUUUCUGCUUUAGUGUCAUCAUCAGUACCCUUUUUUAUUAAAUCUCCUUAAAAUAAACAUCAUUAUUAUUUUUCAUCUGUGACCUGAUUCUUAAACAGCUGAUUUGAACUUUGAUGUUUAUUAAGUCACUAUCAAAACCAGCGUGGGACAUUACAGUGGUUAAUUUUCUAAUGUGUGAUGCCUAUUUAAAGUUUUUUGUUUGGCCAAUGCUUUUCAGACAAAAAUCUUGAUCAUAUUUAUCAUGCAAACCCUGGCUUUAUUUGCAGGGAGGGAACGGACAAAAAAAAAAAAAAAAAAAAAAACCUCAUGGCGAGGUCCCCCCAACAUGCGAGGAGGUCCCACGCCAGGGGUGUCCAAACUAUGGCCCAGGGUACAAAUGUAACCACAUUUCCAUUUUUAAUCGGCCUGCAGCAAAUUCUAAAACAUAAAUAUAAAAAUGGCCCACAUUACAAUUUCCACAUAGAAUUUCUUACUGACAGACAAGAUUUUUUUUGUGUUACCUUGGGAGCUAGUCUGGGAAGGUAACAAAAAAACGCAGAAAAAAUAUAGUCUGUGAAGACUGUAUGAAUUUAUUUGGACAAGUAUGUUUAAGUUUAAGCACUAGGCAGUGCUACCUUGCUAAUUCUGUAAAUAAACAUUUUUACACACCAGUUCAUUUAUAUAAUUUUUUCUGGACUUAAACUGAGACAACACUGUAAAUUCUCCUUCUGACCGGUGCUAAUGGUAGCCUGGGUUCUUCUGAAAUCUGACUGGCCUCCUUAAAAUCCUUGACAUGACUGGCUUUUUGCCAUACACCAACCAUUUAUCCAUAUCCCAGAACAACUUAACCUCGCCCGCUGCUACUGCCUUGUUCUCCUCAAAUAAUUUUAAUUGGUCCGAACUGUUUUCGCUUCAGCACAAACGUUUUAGAUUAGAGCUUUGCAAUAUGGAUUUGCCUGAUGACAGUCUGGCAAAUUAAUAUGCUUUGGAAGGUUAAAAGUCACCAGGAGGCCGCCAUGUUAGUGUGAUGCCAUCUGCACCAUCACUCUUCAGCCGAUACUCUUUCUCUGCAAUAGCUGCACAUCGGGUCUUGAUGUUAUAUUUAUAUUGAAGGUGAAUAAUUCUCCAUGUUUACUUGCAUAUGAAGUGGGGAAGUGUUUUCAGGUGAGAGAGCAUCAUCUUUUUUUUUUGCGUGACUUUGGCACAUCAACCUUAGUCCAUGUGCCAAGCCCAAAUAUUUCAGAGAUCAGUACCACUCAAGGCGGCAAAACUUCGUAAUAACUUUUGAAAAGGUCCAUGUCUGUAGUCAGUACUUUGGAAUGACAGACUUUCCUGAGUGGUAGCUGAGUCAUAGUAAACAGCUCUUAAAAUGAGCCACCCCCUAUUGAAAUUGCCUUUUAGACGCUGGUGCAUAUCCUGGUUUAGUCCAGGACAUUUUCCAGUAUUUUAAAUGGUCAUUCAAAACCAAUUUUGAAUCUUUCUGACAAAUACUGAGUUAACCGCACCUACUCAAGUAGUCAAUGACUCACAUUUUUUCACAGUUUUCCCCUGAAUCAUACUCUAGUCAUACUACAUCAGGGACACAAAACUCAAAUACUGUAAUUCUCACAUGAAACUUAGAAUUCAGGAAAUGCAUAAUGUACCCAUACUUUUUCAUAGUGAGAUGCUAUUAUGAGCCAUAAUUUAGAAGAAUGAUGGGUGGAAAUCUCACAUAAAUGUUUUAGUCCAAGGAGUUAAUGAUUUGUAUGUGAGAGAACUGAAGGAUUUCUAUGUUAAGAAUAUUGACAAGUUUAAUUCAUGCAUGUCAGGGUUUGGUGCACGCUGGGCACAGCUACGAAAUCUGAUGAGAGUACACAGUAUAACCAACCUAGGCAUGUCUGAAAGAUAUUACUUGAUUUUAACAAAAGGUUACCUUUUAAAAUGUAUUUCCUCUAAUGUGCCAACAAUGUUCCGUAAAGUUACACAGAUUUUAGAUCAACAUAAAAGCUUUUGACUGACACUGAACACUGUGCACCUAAAUUCAAAAUCCUAGGUUAAAUGUGAUGUGAGCGCUGAUUUUUUUUAAAAAUUUUGUCCCACUGAGCCAUUAAGCCACCCCCACCCCCAAAAUUUAGAUCAAUAAUGUUGUUUCUUCACUGUGAAUUUACCAAACAUGUUUCGUGGCUUUAUUACCAUUUUUCCCCCCUGGCAAAACUACUUCCUGUUUCAUGGCGAACAAAAAAAUCACUAUGGCCACAUCCAUAUAUGUCAUAAGGUCAAUGUCUUGGGAUGUACCUCGGCAAGUUUUAGCAUGAUUUCGUCAACCAUAUAGAAAUUUUAAUGUGAAAUUCACAAGCAGUGACUUCCAGUUGCUAGAGGGGGCUGCUGUGCAAUUUAUCAAAAUAUUCAGAAUUAAUGUGUUCAGAGCAAAUAUGCAAAUUUGAGGCCCUGCCAUUGCCACGCCCUUUGAUUUUUUUACAAGAUUUUGAUACAUUUUCAUCAUUCAGGUUUCUUCUAGUUGUUUACAAAAAUUCAGCUUAAUAGGAUGAACGCCCUUGGGCAAGUUUAUCUUCAAAUGACCCCCGGCCAUGGCAAAAAAAAAAAAAAAAAAAAAAAAAAAGUACACUUUGAUUCAAAACGAUGACUUCCUGUAAGGAAUGCACCAUUCCUUACCAUAGUCAUGGUGAGGAAUGGUGCUGAAUUUUACUCUUGGUUCAGGGGCAGCUGGCUAGUCAAAUCCCAUCAUGCAAGUUGAAAACCAAUAGAAUAUAUGCAUGUGUCAAAUUUCAAGACUCCUCGGAUAUGUUAAGGCCUCCAAAUUAAAAAAAAAAAAAAAGACAAAUGGAAUAUAAUCCCAACAAUCUUUUGAGGGUCCUCGCACCUUGGGCCCUAAUUAUCUGUUUUGUUUUUUCCCCUAAUCAGCCUCUAUACUUUAUUGCAAAGCAGCAUGUAACUGCUCCUUUUUCAUCAAGGGUUCAGCUCUGAUUGAGAUUAGCAAUUUAACACAUUUCCAUUUCCUUUUAACAACUGAUUGUGGCUAUAAUCAGUUAAUCAGUGUUAUUUUAAAAAAAGGGAAUGUGAGACCAUCUCCCAGCAGAGAUAAUCUGAACACCCAUCAUGGUGAUAAUUAUGUAAGCGUCACAUGCAUUUCAUUGACGCGUGUCUGUGAACUUUAUGUCAUGGAGGGGAUGCACUCUGCAAAUUUUUUCCCCACUGCAGAACAAUGUGAGGGGCUGCAGAGAGAUGCCAAUGGAAAAUCUGUUGAUUGAACUCUGUUCAGCUGAAAGUUUGUCACUAAAAGCACAGAGUUUGGCUUUCUGUUAUGUAACUGUACAAAGUACUGUGCGUCCUGGUGACCAGUGACAAGCUGGAGGCUAAAUCCAGUUACCAUUUGUGGCAGGUCAAUAAACAGGCUGCUGGAGAAUAAAGGGGGGCAGUUGGUCACUGUCGGUCACUGUUGUUUUUUCCAUUUUUUAACUCUAUGAAGAAAAAAAAGUCAAGCAGUGACGUGCAGUUAGCUUGGUGUGUGUCAGAUAACAAAAAGAAGCAUUGUUGUUUUGUAGCUCCUGCCCACAUUCUUGUGUACUUUAAUCUAACUCUGUGUUUGUGUGCACAUCAAAUGUUACUAAGUGAAAAGCAGGGCUUUGCAACAUGAUGCUGUAAUAAGUAGGAUUAUAUGUACCAUGGGGAAAGUGGUCCCUUCUGACUCUUUUUAGCAACACAUAAACCUGAUCAUUAUGAUGCACUCAUGACCGAUAUGUAUCAUUUCUUAACAUAAGUGUCUGUGUUUUUAUUCCCAUGAUAAAAGUAGCAUUUUGUUAUUACAUAUGUGUUCUCAGUAUGGAAGAAGAUUUAAGCUCUUAUCUUCCAUAGCAGAUAAAACAAAAAAUACAACUGUCUUUAAAUAUUCUCAAAACCACUCUGAAUGUUCAGACUUCAUGAAAGUAUUUACCCAAGAAUGUGGCAACAACGUGCAUUUUUAAGCUGCUAUGUAUAAUCAUGUUAUUUAAGGUGGUUAAUUAUAUGUGCUGUGUUUUUUUAAUGUUUCUCUGUUUGUUUUUUAUGAAUGUAAAGUACUAUGUGUGCCUCUCUCUUUUGUCGAGUUGUGACCACCUUAUUUGUUGUGUCUUAUUAAGAUAUUUAAAUUGACCUGAGACCUUGUGUUGAAUUAAUUGCCAUGAUUUUAGUAAGAAUAGUGUCUCCUUUUUAAGCAGGAAGCUCUGCUAAGAAAAGAGACAUAACUCAGGUUGAAGACAGUAUUAGCGUUAACAAACAUAAAUGUGUUAUUUGUGGAAAAGAAAACUAUUUUGGUAAUUUGAAAUGAGAAAUAAGAAGAUUUUUUUGUUACAGAAUUACAUCACUAAACAGUGUUAUAUUUCUUACAAUCAGACCUAUAAAAGGUUUUUGCUCUGCAGUGAUCAGUUCUGAUGUUUUGUGUGAUGUAGCUUUACUGCAAUAGACUUUCUUACCAUGAGUGCUCAUGACAUGCUUAUGAAAUGUAGUGAUGAUUUGAGAAAAAAAAUGAGUGUUUUGUUUUAUGUCAAAAACAAUGAAUUUUUUUGUAAUAAUCUGAAACACUGAUCAUCUCAAUUAAAGUGUAUUUAUCAAUGUUAUGUGACAAGGCAGACAUUGUAUCAUUUUGCUAGCAAACUGUGGGUUUUAAUGUAAAUUAACUCUUUCAAACACAAAUUUCCUUUGGUCUGAAGCAUUAACUGUUUGAAUAUAAUGUAUGUUUAAUAAAAAGGACAGCUCUU